CUACAUCAAAUGAUACUAAGUGAGUUACAGAUUUCAUAUUAUGUCCGGGUGAUUGUGACUCUCGUAGCGUUGGAAUUGGCACUGGUGCCAUCGUGGGCAUCUCUAUUGGGUCUGUCGCGUUUGUAUCCUUAUUAGUAUUACUACUACUCCUGAACAGGCGUAACAAAACACUCUGGGCACGUCUUCAAAAGGGUUACAUGGUUCAAUCUCAAUUCGACCCUUCUGGGGCUCUGACGCGACCGUCCACGCCUCCGAUGACCUAUCACAGUAUCCAGCAAUUGCACAAUCGCGAACUAACGAUUGAGCCAUUUGUUGAGAGCAGAGAUAUUUCUCAAAGCUUUGCGCAUCCAACAAAUAAAAGAGAUGAGACCGGUAAUACUAAGUAUCAACCAUAUGCAGGGUUUGGAUUAUCGAGAUCAGAGAGGCAUACUGCGUCGGCAAGUGUGACUAAUUGGAAUAACGGUAAGGAAGACCAUGAACAACAACAGGACCCAACACCUUUUCACCCCCCGCAACCGCUAUUCUUACCCACAUUACCAACAUCUAUGACCCCUUCACGUUCUGAAACAUUGCUAUCCGUCUCGACAUUGGUAGCCGAGGACGGUCGAGAGCUUAUCACAGACGACAUCGAUACGGCUGUCGAUAGUGGUAAGCCCUUACUAAAGGUAAUUCCUGGAUGGAGAAUCAUCACACCUGGCGUUCAACGUGGUGCACAUAACGCUACUACCCCGACCACAAACAGUUAUGCCUCAGAGCCCGAUGUCGCGUUUCAACUACUUCCCCCGAUUCGAACGCCCAAGACGCCACCAAGACCAGAAACUAGUUCCAUGUUGUUGUUAGGAACUCGAAGGAAUACACAUCGCCCUGUAUCACACUCUUCCCGUUUUUCACGGCAGCGCAGGAGCCAGAUCCGGUCUUUAUCCCCUUCUCGAACUAGCCUACUCCAUAAUCAGAACGGGGCCUUAGCACAAGAAGAACGUUACAACGAGGAUGAAGACAGUGCCGAUUACUAUGUGCUCCAUGCGCAAGGAAUGGUUGACAUGCUUCGGUUUUCGACGGUGAGCAUUCAACGAUCCCAGUCAGAUGCCCAGACGCCGAUUCUGGGACGCGCGGAGGACGAACAAUAUGGAUACGAUUCCGACUUUUCUAGGGUACAAAUACCUGCCUGGCUAACAGGGAGUGGAAAUAUGUCGUUCCCAAGGAUGUCUUCGCCAGCUCCAAUUUUUCGAUCAGACUCUGAUAUCUUGGAUCCCUCUCCUCGACGAGAAAAUUCGAAAGAUACCCUUCCACCCAUAUACACGAGUAGAUCACCUACAGUGGAUCUUCCUCCUCCGUUUUUGACUCCAUAAUAGUUAUAGUUUAUGACUGCGUGUAUUCGUAUCUAUCGACGCUGUCAGCAUUACAAGAAAUGGAUAAUGGG